AUGGAUUUCAUUGCCGGUGCCAUUGGAGGUGGUCUAAGCACAGCAGUGGGUUAUCCGCUGGACACAGUGAAGGUGAGAAUUCAGACCGAGAGGCAUUACAAUGGGAUUUGGCAUUGCAUUCGGGAAACAUACAGGACAGAAAAAGUUUGGGGAUUUUACAAGGGUGUGUCUGCAUCAGUUCUCACAGUAUCGGUGAUUUCUUCUGUUUCAUUUGGCAUGUACAAAAACUUCCUUUGUACCAUCUGCAAGCUGCGAUACGGGGCUGCAGAUGCGAAGCCAUCCAAGCUGGAUGUUUCUCUUGCCGGAGGCGCUGCUGGUGCUGCCCGGGUUGUGUUGAUGACCCCUAGUGAAGUGGCUAAAGUUCGCAUGCAGACUCAGAGGAACCCACAUCCUUCCAUCAUAGCAUCUCCCCAGCCUGUUUCCAAACCAAAGUACCAAGGAUCUCUGCACUGUCUGAAGGUGAUCGCCAAGGACGAAGGUUUUGGGGGUCUCUACAAGGGCUGCUCUGCAUUACUCUGCAGGGAUUCCUCCUCUUCUGCAAUAUAUUUCCUUACCUAUUCUGCUCUGUGCGACUGGCUCACACCAGCUGGGAAAAAUAAACCAGGUUUCCUCGUUGUGCUGCUUUCUGGUGGUUUCGCUGGAGUCCUGGCCUGGGGAUUAGCUACUCCCAUGGAUGUCAUCAAAUCACGGAUGCAAACAGAUGAAUCAGACCAGCGCAAGUACAGAGGCCUUGUCCACUGUGCUAGAGAAAGUGUGAAAAAGGAGGGUGCAAAAGUGCUUUUCAAAGGACUGGGGUUGAACUGCAUUCGUGCCUUUCCUGUGAACAUGGUGGUGUUUGUAACGUAUGAAGCUGUACUGAGACUUACAGACCAUUAUACAAAGAAAAAAUAG